GACCAGGUAAAUAAAGCUAUUCCAGUCAUACCAAACACGGCCUGUAGGAGGCGGUACUGUGCCCCCGUGUGAUGUGAGAGACGCACCAGUGUGUAAAACAAUGGGAAGAAGAAGCACAACAGUAACUGUCACAUCAAAGCGACGCUCUCAUAUUUUUGGCCAACAUGGCGUUCAGUUUUGGCGGCGCUGCUGCCACUAAUCCAUCAGCAAACUCGUCCGGAUUUUCGUUCGGUUCGUUCGGUGCAAAGACCACGGCAUCAACAGCUUUUGGUUUCGGCACGCCUGCGACCACCACCACCGCUUCCUCUGGAUUCGGCACUCUCACAGCUCCUAGUUUUGGCACUGCGACUACCACUGCAGCUGCACCAGCUACGGGAUUUACAUUUGGCUCCAGCAGUACAGGAUUUGGGGGGCUGGGAGCUGGAAGCACCACGGCUGGUGGGUUUAGUUUUGGGGGGUUCGGUUUAAAUCCCAACCCAGCAGCGGUCGGUUUUAAUGCGGGCUGCUUCGGUACAGCGUCCACCACUGCAACUGUUUUCAAUUUUGGUAAUAGCCUGGCUAGCACAGGCACUUUUGGUGGAUUUGGGACGACGACGACUGCUGCCGCACCGGGUUCCACAUUUAGCUUCGCUCCCUCUACCAACGCAACAGGAGGUUUGUUUGGUAACGCGCAGAACAAAGGCUUUGGUUUCUCUUCGGGCCUUGGUACUGGAUCGGCUACGGGGACAACCGGAUUUGGAACUGGACUAGGAACAACUACUUUGGGUGGGUUUGGUGGCUUUAGUCUCCAGCCCGCUCAGCAGCAGCAAGGAGGCUUGUUUGGCCAGCCGGCCCAGCAGCAAGCUCAACCCAAUCAGUUAUACCAGCAGGUGACAGCACUGUCAGCACCCACCUUGUUGGGAGACGAGCGUGACUCCAUUCUUGCCAAAUGGAACCAGCUGCAGGCUUAUUGGGGCACGGGGAAGGGCUACUUCAGCAACAACAACCCACCAGUGGAUUUCAACCAAGAGAACCCCUUCUGCAGGUUCAAGGCUGUGGGAUAUAGCUGUGUGCCGGUCAGUAAGGACGAGGAUGGUUUAGUGGCCUUGGUCCUCAGCAAAAAGGAAGCAGACGUGCGAGCGCAGCAGCAGCAACUGGUGGAGUCGCUGCACAAGGUACUGGGAAGCAACCAGACGCUGAGUGUCAACGUAGAUGGCGUCAGGUCCCUGCCCAACGACCAGACGGAGGUGAUCAUUUAUGUGGUGGAGCGCUCCCCCAACGGCACUUCGAAGCGCAUUCCCGCUUCGACGCUCUUCGCUUACCUGGAGCAGGCCAAUAUCAAGGUGCAGCUCACACAGCUGGGUGUGGUCUUGUCGGUCACACGCACCGAGCUCUCGCCUGCUCAGCUCAAACAGCUGCUCCAGAGCGCCCCCGCAGGGGUAGACCCCAUCAUUUGGGAGCAGGCUAAGGUGGACAAUCCUGACCCAGAGAAGUUGAUCCCAGUGCCGAUGGUGGGCUUUAAAGAGCUGCUUCGUCGAUUGCAGAUCCAGGAGCAGAUGACCAAGCAGCACCAGACUAGAGUCGACAUUGUUUCCAAUGACAUCAGUGAGCUUCAGAAGAACCAGGCGACCACAGUGGCCAAGAUCGCCCAGUACAAGAGGAAGCUGAUGGAUCUCUCCCACAGGGUGCUGCAGGUGUUGAUCAAACAGGAGAUUCAGAGGAAAAGCGGUUACGCCAUCCAAGUGGACGAGGAGCACCUCAGGGUACAGCUGGACACCAUUCAGUCGGAACUCAACGCCCCCACACAGUUCAAGGGUCGCUUGAAUGAGCUGAUGUCCCAAAUCCGAAUGCAGAACCACUUUGGCGCCGUACGAUCGGAGGAACGCUACAGCGUUGAUGCUGAUCUUCUCCGAGAAAUCAAACAACACUUGAAACAGCAGCAGGAUGGCUUGAGUCACUUGAUCAGCGUUAUAAAAGAUGACUUGGAAGACAUCAAACUCAUCGAGCACGGACUGAGUGAUGGUGGACAUAUAUGAGGUGGCAUCCUGAGUUGAGCCGAACGAAACUCUCACACACGCAAACAAACUCUCAUUAUCCAUCCCCUGAUGUUUGUCGCCCACAGAUGUAUCUAUUUGUCAUCACGCUGCUUCAAUUAGGGGACUGUGUGACUAUAUUUGUUUGCAGGUUCAAUGACUGACUAAUCCGUGCUUUCUGGGCUGCUAAAGAAAGCUUACAGUGCCUACUAAUAGCCUUCAUGUCAAAUCAGAUUAUGGAUAUGAGACUUCGAACUGGAGUGAAAAGAUGUGUUGAAUGAAACACAUUUGUACAUACAUCUUUGUAUUGCUUUUAUAUACCAUUAGAAUGUUAUUAAAAUUUCGUUUCAGUUGGAACUUUUUAUCUCUCUGCUACAUCUUUUCCCUUCAGUACAGUCCAUAAGGUCAUAAGUUUAUAUAGCCUGGCAGAAUUUGUGAUUUCUUGGCCAUUUUUCAGAGCAUAUGAAUGAAAAUACAAAAGCUUUUCUUCCUUUCAUGGUUAGUUUGCUUUAGUGAAGCCAUUUAUUAUUAAACAAUCGCGUUUGCUCUUUUUAUAUCUUAAUGACAACAGAAACUACACAAAUGACCCUGAUCAAAACUACAUACUCUGGUUCCUAAUAUCGCGUAUUGCCCUGUUUAACAUCAGUGACAGCUUCGAAGUCUUGUGGUCAUUGUAGAUGAGGCACUUUAUCUCACAUGGUGAAGCCUCCCAUUUCCCUUGGCAAAAAGCCUCCAGUUCCUGUAAAUUCUUGGAUCGUCUUGCAUGAACUGCACUGUUGAGCUCUCCCAAGAGUGGCUAAAAUAUAUUGAGGUCAGGACACUGGGAAGGCUACUCCAGAACCUUCUUUUUUUUCUGCUGUUGCCAAGGACGGGUUGAUUUGGCUUUGCGUUUUAGAUCAUUGUUAUGUUAGAGCAGCCAAGUAUGUCCCACGCGUACCUUCCGGUCUGAUAAGUGGAAAUUUUCCUCCAGUGUUUUCCGAUAACAUGCUGCAUUCAUCUUGCCAUCAUUUUGACCAAGUCGCAUGUGCCUUUGUAGCUCACAUGCCCAAAACAUCAGCGAACCACCUCCGUGUUUCACAGUAUGAAUGAUGUCAACCUUGUUGACUCUUCUCCAAAGGGAGCGUUUAUGUUUUGGGGCAAAACACCCAAAAUAAAUUUGUUACGGACGUUUUGAUGCUUCUGCCAGGGAAUUCAAACUUAUGAGCACAACUAUAUAUAAUAUAAUACUUAUAGUCACCUCACAUGCACCAUGAUUAUUUCCUCAGGCGAGCUUUUUCCAACAUCUCAUCAAAGUAGGGCUUCACUUGAUAGGAUUCACGUUGCGGAUUCACACCCCGGCCCUGAUGAACCACAGAUGGCAGCAGAGUGGAUUAAGCUGCUUCCACAGAGAUUAUUUCUGAAGGUCUCUAUUGUUUACUUAAGACUUCGUAUUGAAUGCUCUGGAGUCCAUCAAGUCUUGGGUAAUGUGCAGGUCAUUGGUCAGACAUCAUUGGCCCCCAAACUACACAGCCUCUACAGUAUUUGGUAGCUACUGUAUAUGCAAUAUACGAAUGAUUCUUUGUCCAUAUGUGCCCUGCGACUGGCUGGCGUCAGUCCAGGAUGUACCCCGCCUCACGCCCGAUGUCACCUGGGAUAGGCUCCAGCAUACCCGCGAACCUACUGAGGAUAAGCGGCAUCGAAGAUGGAUGGAUGGAUUAUUGCAGCUGUUUCUGAUGCUAAAAAAGGUAACUCAAAUUUUAGUACAAUUAGCACAAUACACAUGAUUCACAGGAGAUACACCUGCACAUUUUUAUUUGUAUUUAGCAA